AUGCAGGAUCUCGUUGUCUUACAUAAGGCCAGCAGACCUGCCCUGUCUCUGCAUGAAGAAUCCGGCGGCUCCAAAUCCACCUCACCCAAGAAGCAGAAUGAUGUUCGUGUUAAAUUUGAACAUCGUGGAGAGAAAAGGAUCCUACAAUUUCCCCGGCCUGUUCUGCUGGAAGACCUUUUCACGAAGGCCAAAGUGGCCUUCGGGCAGUGCAUGGAUCUUCAUUACAGUAAUAACGAGCUGGUAAUACCAUUGAAGACACAAGAUGAUUUGGACAAAGCCGUCGAAUUGCUGGACAGAAGCUCUCAUAUGAAGAGCCUGAAAAUUCUGCUGGUUUCCCAUGUAGCCCCCAGCCCAUGUGACAUGGAGCACAUGCCCUGCCUGGAAGACCUAGAUAACACAGUAUUUGGAGGAACGGAGAGGAAAGACAGGACUGCGAUUCUUGGUAGAGGUACCAGGGAUAGGAGUUCCCCUCCACCAGGAUACAUUCCAGAUGAACUGCACCAUGGUGUUCGAAAUGGUUCCUUUACCAGCAUUAACAGUGAAGGGGAGUUUAUUCCAGAAAGCAUGGACCAGAUGCUGGACCCUUUGUCCUUGAGCAGUCCUGAAAACUCUGGCUCCGGCAGUUGCCCAUCUCUUGAUAGCCCUCUAGACGGUGAAAACUACCACAAGUCCAGGAUGCCCAGGGCUCAGAGCUACCCUGACAAUUACCAGGAGUUCUCAGAAUAUGACAUUCCAGUGUUCGAAAAGUUUGGGAAAGGUGGCACCUAUCCUCGAAGAUACCACGUAUCUUAUCUUCACCAGGAUUACAGUGAUGGCAGGAAAACCUUCCCAAGGGCCAGAAGAACCCAAGGGACCAACUUCCGUUCCCCGGUGAGCUUUAGCCCCACCGAUCACUCCCUGAGCACCAGCAGCGGAAGCAGCGUCUUUACACCAGAAUACGAGGACAACCGGUUGAGGAGAAGAGGGAGCGACAUUGACAAUCCAACCCUGUCUGUGAUGGAUAUAAGCCCACCAAGUCGAUCACCACGUGCGCCAUCAAACUGGAGGCUUGGAAAACUUCUCGGACAGGGGGCGUUCGGCAGGGUGUACCUGUGCUAUGACGCUGAUACUGGCAGAGAACUGGCAGUAAAACAAGUCCAGUUUGAUCCAGACAGUCCAGAGACGAGUAAGGAGGUGAAUGCUCUGGAGUGCGAGAUUCAACUGCUGAAAAAUCUGCUGCACGAGCGCAUUGUACAAUAUUAUGGCUGCUUAAGGGACUGCCAGGAGAGGACGCUUUCCAUAUUUAUGGAAUAUAUGCCAGGGGGCUCAAUAAAGGACCAACUCAAGGCUUACGGAGCACUAACAGAAUUUGUGACCCGGAAAUACACCCGCCAGAUUCUGGAGGGGGUGCACUAUUUGCACAGUAAUAUGAUUGUACAUCGAGACAUCAAAGGAGCUAACAUUCUGCGAGACUCUUCAGGCAAUGUAAAGUUGGGAGACUUUGGAGCCAGCAAACGUCUGCAGACUAUCUGCCUCUCUGGUACAGGUAUGAAGUCAGUCACUGGCACCCCCUACUGGAUGAGUCCGGAAGUGAUCAGUGGGGAAGGGUAUGGGCGGAAAGCAGACAUCUGGAGCGUGGGUUGCACAGUUGUAGAAAUGCUGACUGAGAAACCGCCCUGGGCGGAGUUUGAGGCCAUGGCCGCCAUCUUUAAAAUCGCCACCCAGACCACCAACCCACAGCUGCCAGCACAUGUAUCCGACCACACUCGGGACUUCCUUAAAAGGAUUUUUGUAGAGGCCAAAUUGAGGCCGUCGUCUGAAGAACUGCUAAGGCACACAUUUUCCCAGUGUCACUAG